AAGAAAUCAGUAUUAUUGUUAUACAGUAUUUAUUUUGUGAUAUAUUCCAUAGUGCUUUCUGGUAACAGUAACUCCGCGAUCUCAUUAUUCGCAUCGUUAUCCUUCUAUCAAGUUUUUGUUUACUCUUUCUGCGUACUUGGCGCUAAGAGGCCAUUUUUUCAAGCCUAUCGUGGGUUUGGUCAGUUUCAAAGUGGGGCGUCCGGGUGGUGAGAAACGGGGCUCGACAUAUCCAGAAUACAUCAUCCGUAAAAACUUUCUUGAAUUGCUCGUCCGGAUCGAUUCCGGAAAUCCCAGAGCGGUAGGCUGACGCUUUAACCCUUGGCCAUUCUCCGUCGAUAUCUAAUGUUUAAAAAUUCAAACUGAGGAAUUAUUUGUUCGAAACUUUUAAACGGAAAAUAUAAAGAUGAGUUACAAAAGUGCAAAAUCGAAAACUCAGUUAUCGACAGAAGUGUGCCCCGAUGCAAAUGUAUCUCUAUUACGUUCACAAAGUAUUCAAUAUGACCAGAAAGAGAAGAGAGAGAAUAAAUUACUUUUUAAGGAAUCCAUAUUAUCUUCCUCAAUGGAUAAUAAAAUUACGUUAGCAUUUGAUAAUAAUGACGAGUUACGAUCUUCACAAAGCAAAGAAGAAAGAGAAAAUGAAGCAUUUAAUGUUCGCGAAAACGAAGACCUCAUCUUCGCUUAUCUAUCAGAAAAUUUCAAUGAAGUUAAAUCUGUCAUGGUGAAUUUCCUUAUUUGGGAGGCGUACAAUAUACCUUAUCAUAACAACAAAAACGAAGACAGACAGUUCGGUGAUAAGUUUUGUAUGAUAGCUAACAAUUCAAUGAUCUUCGAAAACGAGAAAGCUUGGAAUAUCAAAGACUUGAUAGUUUUAAAAUGUUUAAACAGUUGUUCGGGGAUUUUCUUAUUAUUAACGGAAGAAAAGAUGUCUAAUGAAUUAUUUGUACUAGAAGUCAUAUCAAAAGAAUCUUGUUUAAACAAAGAGGUGAAAGAAAAAGUCCAUAUGAUAGAUAGAGUUUCACAUUUAGUAAAAAAUAAUAUUUUUUUCGUACAAAUCUAUGCAAAAUUUGAAACUAAAUUCAGUUUCUGUUUUUUAUAUGAAUACGUGAAACACGGCGAUUUGACGACAAUGAUUUCAAGGAAGCAAAGACGUCUUUCAGAGAAUCAAGUUAAAAUUUUCAUGGCAGAAAUUGCACUUGCUCUUAAUUUCCUUCACGAAAAUGGCAUCAUUUAUCGCAAUCUUUCGUUUAAUAACGUCUUGGUAGUUAAUUCUAGCUGGGUGAAGUUGAGCGAUCUCAAAAAUUGCGUUUAUGCCAAAAAAUGCCGAGAAAAAUGCGGCUCUUAUUGGUUUAUGGCACCCGAAAUGUUUCUGGACUUUCCUUACAACCGUAGUGUGGAUUUUUGGUCUUUGGGGAUGUUGGGCUUCAAGUUGCUAUCGGGCCUCCCUAGAAAAGGUUCUAGAUGCAGCGAGGAAAUUCUAAGGAAGAUUCCCAAAGGAAAGAAGCGAGGAUCGUUUCCCGUUUUCAGACAAUUUGAACGCGAUUUUAUAGACAUACCUUCCUAUCUCUCUCAAAAUGCCAGGAAAAUUAUUGAAGAACUCAUGCAAGUGGAUCCCGUUCGUAGAUUGGGCAAUGGAUUGUUCAAAUUUAAAGAAAUUCAACGACAUCCCUUUUUCCAAGGGAUAAACUGGAGAAAACCAGAAGAAAUGGCAAUAUCUAAUUAUUAAAAUUGUAAGUAAAUUUGUAGUGACUUAAA